AUGAUGGCAUCAAAGAUGAAGGAACGCAAGAGAACACCAGUCUCACACAAAGUGAUCGAGAAAAGGAGGAGAGAUCGUAUAAAUCGGUGUCUGAAUGAACUCGGGAAGACUGUCCCCAUGGCUCUGGCCAAACAGAAUUGUGGGAAGCUGGAAAAAGCUGAAAUUUUGGAGAUGACUGUCCAGUAUCUUCGAGCUUUGCACUCAUCUGACUUUCCCCGUGGAAGAGAAAAAGGUGAGCUCCUCAGCGAAUUUGCCAACUACUUCCACUAUGGCUACCACGAGUGCAUGAAGAACCUGGUGCAUUACCUGACCACGGUGGAGCGCACCGAGACCAAAGACGCCAAGUACGCCCGUAUCCUGGCCUUCCUGCAGUCCAAAGUGGUCUCUGAGCCCGUGUUCGGCUCUCGCUUCGAGCCCGCUUUCUCCUCGCCGGAGCCUGUGGACUUCCUGUGCCAGCUGCGUUCCCCUCCAGAGUGCCACCAAAGCCAGAGCGAACCCGUCUUCCAGCAGAGCCACAGCGGGCAUUUAGCCUGGCAUGGCUCAGCGCUCACGUACCCGCAGCAACACGGACUGGACCAUCAUCAUUACAUGAACUUCAUGGGUCAUACACACGGCUUGCACACGGCGCCGCACGUGGCUUUGUAG